AUGUGUCGUUGUCCGUUUACCGAUACAACACUAUCGUUGACGAUAGUCAUUCAGUCGCCCACUGGUGAUCUUGCACCUUGCCCGGGUCGUCUGUUUGACUUUGACUUGACGGUCUUUUAUCUUUAUCUUCUUUGGAAAAAAGAACAACUAUAA